UGGCUAGCUCCUCAUUCAGUAGAACACUGGGCAGCAGGCACCUGCUACUACCAAACUCUUUGGAGUCCCUGUUUGCGUGUGGCCAUCACCAAUCCCAGCAGAAGGUGGUCCCUGAGACAGAAAGUGCCUGGUGGGCACAUGAAGUAAGGAGAGCUUUUUAUUUGGGGGAAGAGUGGAGGAGGGGGAUGAAAUAGAUGGGGAGGGGAAAAAAACGUGAUCCCCAGAAAGAGAGGGAAGCAGCACUGGCAAGUGUUCAUGAGAAACAGAGAGAGAGAAGGUGGAAGAAAGAAAAAGAAAGAAGACAAGGGGAAAAGCAGGUGAAAUAGUUAGAAUAAGGGAAAGAAAUAUAAGCAAACAGAAGGGAAAGGGAGGACUUAAGGUGAGACAGAGUUGACUGCUGUUCUGCCUAGCACCUCGUGGCAAUGCCUUGAACAACCCCUCCAGCCUGCGUACACCUGUCAUCACAGCAGCAGCAGAUGAGGAGGGACGUGUCUCCCCCAGUGCGGAGUCCCACUCGCCCUCUUACAAGAUCCCAGCAGCCGGGGCAGGGUGCAGCCUAGCAGGUGCAGCAGCAUGGGGGACUCUGAUUCAGAGUCCACUUUGCACAACAAUUCACUGUGGUGGCUGGCAUGUGGGAUGUUAGCCCUGUUGGCCAAUUCUUGGAUUAUCCUCAGCAUCACAGCCAAACAACAGAAACACAAGCCUUUGGAGCUGCUGCUAUGCUUCCUUGCUGGGACCCACAUCCUUAUGGCAGCAGUACCCCUCACCACCUAUGCUGUGGUUCAGCUGCGGCGUGAGUCCUCCGACUACGACUGGAAUGAAAGCAUCUGCAAGGUCUUUGUCUCCACAUACUACACCCUGGCGCUGGCCACCUGCUUCACUGUGGCCUCCCUCUCCUACCACCGGAUGUGGAUGGUGAGAUGGCCAGUCAACUACCGGCUGAGCAAUGCCAAGAAGCAGGCUCUGCACGCUGUCAUGGGUAUCUGGAUGGUAUCAUUCAUCCUCUCUACCCUGCCCUCCAUUGGCUGGCACAACAAUGGCGAGCGCUACUAUGCCCGUGGCUGCCAGUUCAUUGUCAGCAAGAUAGGGCUGGGCUUUGGGGUCUGCUUUAGCCUCCUGCUGCUCGGAGGGAUCGUCAUGGGCUUGGUGUGUGUGGGUAUCACUUUCUACCAGACCCUGUGGGCACACAGAAGACGCCGGCAGUGCCGCCAUCAAAGGGCAGAGGAAGCAUCAUCCUGCUCUUCAUCAGCACACACCACUUUCAAUGUGCCGGCCAUUGUAGUGGAGGAUGUACGAGGCAAAAGGAGGUCUUCGCUGGAUGGCUCCGAGUCAGCCAAGACCUCCUUGCAGAUGACCAACCUCAUCAGUGCUAUUGUCUUCCUGUAUGACACACUCACUGGGGUGCCUAUCUUGGUCGUGAGCUUUUUUAGCCUGCGCUAUGAUACAGCCCCAACUUGGAUGGUCCUGGCUGUGCUCUGGUGCUCCAUGGUACAGACCUUGCUGCUCCCCUCCUUCAUCUGGUCCUGUGAGCGCUACCGAGCAGAUCUCCGCACUGUGUGGGAGCAGUGUGUGGCUAUCAUGUCAGAGGAAGAUGGAGAUGAUGAUGGUGUGUGUGAUGAUUAUGGUGAUGGCAGGAUCUGCAAAGUGAGAUUUGAUGCGAACGGUGCCGCAGCUGUGAAGCGGGACUCCCGGGACAUCAAGCUGCUACCCAUGCACCACAUGUUGUUGCCCCAGGACAAUGUGCACUACCUGCAGGUCCCUAUCUCCCGGAGAAUGUCACAUGAUGAAACUAACAUUUUCUCCGCCCACCGCUCUGCUCCAUCCUUCCUACACAAGUGGUCUUCAUCUGAUGACAUCCGCAUUUCCACUCCCCGCAAGCUUGGAGGCCCUGGCUUCUUGCCUCCUCACCUGCAUGACUACCAGCACCGCCGGCGGCCCCCAGAAGACGAGCUGACGACCCUACGGCAGUUUUUAGAGGGGGGGCUGUUGCCCAGGGGCUCCAGCUCCAGUGCCUGCUUCUUCCGAGAUGAGAUCACCACGUUCAUCGACGAGACACCACAACCCACCCCAGCCUGCAGCCCACGGCACUCCCGUCUCCCAGUUGCAUCACGCCGUGAUCGCCGCCUCUCCCUCGGCAGCAGAGAGGAGGAGAACACUGACCGGCCACGGCGCUGCUCCUUGGCUGGCAACGAACCCUGGCAUCUGCAGGAUGGAGAGCAGACGCCGUGUGAAAGGACCCUUGAGGCUUGCGAGUCACAGACCUUCCAGGAUCCCAAACUAUGAAAGACAGCAUCAAAAACAUUCAGUGCCAUCAUGAUUUUUAAAUAAAACUCCAAGUGUUCCCUUUGUCCUGGGACCCGAUCACUAAUUUGCAUUCUCAUCUUUCUCGCCAGCAGGCAGGAAACAUGGCACCCCACACUGGUGGGGGGACAAGAAGUGGGACAGACCUGCAGAAGAGAGCGCGAAGGACAGCCUGUGCCUGCUCUCAGGUUGCAAACACACCCACUGCUGCCACCGACACUUGGCACCCUUGCCAGUCCCUUCCCCUUGUGAACUCCACCCUCGCAUCCGCUCUGCCCUAACAGACAAGGCAGGUGCAGAAU